AUGGUUGCGCUGAAGAAACUUUUCCAACAGUCAGAACCAAAUCGGGCGCGCCCAUCAAGUGGCCUUGGUCUGGGUGAUGCCAGAGCCGAUGAACGAUACUAUGCGGCGGCGCGAGAGCACCCGGAGUCUGGCCAUGUGUCGCACCAUUUUGACCAAAUCGACAAACAAUUUGAGGAUCUACAUCACCAUAUGGGAGAUGAGCGGCCGCAAUCUGCCCAGUCCGAGCUACCGCCUCCACUCCCAACGACAGUUGGAGUUCCGAGGUAUUCCAAUUCUCGACAUAUCGAUUUGAUGGAUGCUCUCUACACAGCCGAUCGAAAUCAGGCCACAAGUCCCAGUCCAGUUUCACCUCCCACUAGCCCCUACAAUGAAGAUGUCGCAGAACGGAACAUGACCAGGUUUUUGCGUAUCCAAUAUCGGAAAGGGUUUGCGAGCUCUCGGAUUUUAUCUGCUCUCUACCAGGAGGAUGUGGCGGACAGAAAUAUUGCGAAAUAUGGAGCUCAAUCUCGCUCAACAUCUGCAUUGAGCUCCCGCUCAUCUCCACCUGCGCCGGGUAGACGAGGGCGCGGUUUAAGUCCAAUGGGUUCGGAUGGCAAGAGACGUGACUCGCGAACCAUGAAUUUGAAGAAAGGCAGUUGGAUGUCAGAAGGGGAUCUUCGAACUCGAUCUUCUCCUGAUCGUGACUCCGGCUCAUCGCGUGCAUCGCAUGCCAGCACUUUAAUCCGCCUGCAAAGGUCUGCGCCCACAUUGUCCCCGGAGGAGACUGAUGCAGCAGAAGAAGAGAUUCCCGAUGCCGUCCAACGUUUGGGUGUACCUCCUGCUUACAAACAAGGCAAGAGAUGGAGCAAUACGCCUUUGCCUGAUAGUCCCACGCUGCCUUUUCCAAUCAGUGAUGGCCGCAACAGCAGUAGCGGCGCUAGCACCCCUCCAGCGCUACAAGCACCUACUCCAACAGCCCGCAAUUCGUCACUAAACUCCAGAUCACUCUCUCCGCCUCCUUCAUCGGGGUCUAGUUCAAAGAAGAAUGUUCGAGACCUGUCGAUCAAUACACAACUAGCCGCAAAAGGGCGUCAAAAGAUCUCACACCGUGCGAUCCAGCCUCCGACCCCUUCCAACUUUGAAAUGAAGCGAGCUCCUAGCAUUGCAGAAGUCAUGAAUAGCCCUCUACCGGAACCGACUCCUACUAGUCCGGGGCAAUCAUCCGAGUCCCCUCGAUUCAAGUUUUCCGAAAUGAUGGACUUUUUCAAGCAUGCGUAUACGUCUACUCAAGCCAUGAGCUCCCAUCCAACCUACGAAUCCCUCCAGGAUGCCAUUGUUCGCGAAAUCAAUUCCCACGAUGCGUUCAAAAGUGUCCCGGUCCCUAUUGCUGGCCCACCCUUCACACCUUCAGACCAGGACAAGUUUGUUCCUGGUCCCCGUAUGGACUUGAACCGCAGUGCUUCAGCCGGACAACUCUCCAAAAUAAUACGGAAAGGCUCUUUCAAGAAGCACAAGAGGGAUUCCGAAUCCCGUCAAAGUAUCUCAAGUGUCCAAUCCAAAGGCUUCCUCCGAACUGCACGUCGGAGACAUACCGAUGCCCCUCUACCGUCUCCAGAAUUGGUGGCCGAGCUUCAGCAAUCUCGGGGCACCGACCAACCUAGUGGUGAACAGUUGACCUAUAUGGAUAUUCUCCGCGCGAGCAGUGUCAAGUCCACCAAUUCCAGACAUGGAAUGCGCUCUGACUUUGCUGCCAAUAUCCCUUUCGAUCCUUCUACCGCUCCACGCUCUACUCCCGACUCCCGACCUAUCACCGCCGGCACAGUAUACUGCAUGCAGGCACACUCCGACUCCUCCAACUGCAGGGAGAACAGAAGCAGUGGCACUGGCUCCCAGGGGACCUACGAGGAAAGUGAUGAUGAGAUCAUUCACCUCCCUAGUGUGGGCACGCCACCCCCUCGCGUACAAAUCGAGGGUGUGGACGAGAACAAUGUCCGCUAUGUGAUUGACUCUGCCACGGCCAGCGACGCACACAAGCUGAUGAGCUGGCCCCAACGCGUGCGCCGCGCCAAUUCCCCCCAGCCCACCUCCUGCGAUAACAGCUUAUCCCCAUUUGCUCGUGCUCGGAUGCAGCUCCGGGGAACUCGCUCCGUCGAGACAUAUUAA